UGUUUCCUCUGUCUGACAGUCUCCUCACCAGAUUCAUUUCAGGCAAUUGCUAUAAGACAGGCUCCUCGUUGCUUUUUCACCUCUCAAGUCCCUCUCUUUGGAAUGUGGUGUGACACAAUGAGGAUCCUCGCUCUGCUUCUGGGGGUGAAAGCCGCGUGCAUCCUGCUGGUUUCCUCGCUCUCAGGCACGGGAGCAGUCAACAAUAGCGGCCGGUGGUGGGGGAUUGUGAAUGUGGCCUCCUCUGCCAACCUCCUCACCAACUCAAAGAACGUCCAGUUGGUCCUGGACCCUAGCUUAGCCUUGCUGAGCCGUCGCCAGCGCCGCCUCAUCCGCCAGAACCCGGGGAUCCUCCACGCUAUCGCAGCUGGCCUGCAUACUGCCAUCCAGGAGUGCAAAUGGCAGUUCAGGAACCGCCGCUGGGACUGCCCGACCACCCACAGCCCGGCAAUAUUUGGCAAAAUCGUCAACCGUGGUUGCCGAGAGACGGCGUUUGUGUUUGCGAUCACGAGUGCGGGGGUGACCCAUGCGGUGGCCCGCUCCUGCUCUGAGGGGGCCAUUGAGUCGUGCACCUGUGACUACCGUCGCCGGGGGCCUGGGGGCCCUGACUGGCACUGGGGCGGCUGCAGCGACAACGUGGACUUUGGCCGGAUGUUCAGCCGGGAGUUUGUGGACUCCAGCGAGAGAGGAAGGGAUCUCCGAUACCUCAACAACCUACACAACAACGAGGCUGGGAGAAUGACAGUGUCGUCAGAGAUGCGACAGGAGUGUAAAUGCCACGGCAUGUCAGGGUCAUGCGUCGUGCGUACCUGCUGGAUGCGUCUACCCAGCUUCCGCGCCGUGGGGGACUUCCUGAAGGACCGCUUUGACGGAGCCUCCCGGGUCGUUUACGCCAACAAGGGCUCCAACCGCGCCUCUCACCGUGCCGACCCACGCCAUCUCGAACCCGAGAACCCCGCCCACAAACCCCCAUCGUCCAGAGACCUGGUCUACUUCGAGAAGUCGCCCAACUUCUGCUCCUACAACGGCAAGACGGGUACCCACGGCACCUCUGGGAGGAACUGUAACAGCUCGUCUCCAGCGUUGGACGGGUGUGAGCUCCUGUGUUGUGGUAGAGGGUUCAAGACCCAGACGGAGAAGGUCACUGAGAGGUGUCACUGUACGUUCCACUGGUGCUGCCAUGUCAGCUGCCUCAACUGCACCAGCACACAGACGUUACACCAGUGCCUCUGAUCAGGGGUGAACCAGGAGGACAGGGAUGGGGAGGUGAAGAUGAGCUGGUUCUUUGGGCAGGUGGUGUGUAGAUAGAGGAGUAGGGUCCUGCGGGUUGGUGUGGUAGAUAAGGGAAGGGCUAACUCUAUAAAGGGGCAAAUGGAGGGUGAAAGAAAAGUGAAUACCGGGAGUACUAGAUUUGAAACAAAGUACUAGAUUUGAAUCAAAGCACUAGAUUUGAAUCAAAGCACUAGAUUUGAAUCAAUGUUUCUGAGGAAGAGGGAAGAGAGAAAAGCACAACUAUGACUACAGGGUGCAGAAAGAGGGCGGGUGUGUUGUGUGUGAACAUGUGUGCUUACGUGUGCUUGCUACUGACACUGUGGUAACGUGAGAGUAUGUAAGUGUGCUUACUGGGUAUUUAAAAUGUUGUAGCUAUCCAACCACGUAGAACGGAAUGGAAACCAAUCCUCUCUAUGGCUUCCCAGCACGAGUAACAAGACCAGAGGCAGCUUAGGUAAAAGGAAGUAGUUAAAACAGGAAAUAGAAUUGUGGCAAGGAAUAAGCAAACAAAAUUAGUCAGAGAGACGCUGGGAUUGAAGGCUUUUUGCCCUCUCGGACCUUACAAGAUACAGUUAGUCUCUCUGUUCUCUCCACCUCUUCCCUCUACAGCAAGAGAUAGGAGUGUGGGUAGUGGAGAGAGGGGUGAUGGGAGAGGAGAGAGAAGCGAGGGGAGAUGUGAGGAGGGGACAGUUACCGGACAAUGUCAGACAGAUGUCUCUGUGGCGGGAAAAACACAAGCAUGGUCUCUCAUAAACCCGGUGAAGAACUUUAACAAGAGGGUGGUUAUUUUAAACAUCACAGUUUGCUAUGUACUUAGGUCCUGGACGCAAACCAAGCCGUUAUGGUUCCCUGUCGAACUCACCACACAUGCCCUCUUUGUUCAGAUUGCUCUGGAAUCUGCUGCACCUCGACCCGGAGUUACCACAGUGAUUUACUGCGCCACGGUAACUGACGUUAAAUGACUGGACGUUGUAGGAUAACAGAAAAGCGUUCGACGAAAUGUUAUAUCAACCUGGAAUAAAAUCGUAAUAUGUAUAUGAAUAGUUUUAAUGUAGUAUCAAUACACUGAAUAUCGGAGAGUAUAACUAGAUGUAUGUUUUAGUGUAGGAUAUAGGGGCACUGCAAGAGAACUGGGGUGACCUGUCAAAUAGUGAGACCUGCCGUAUGGCAACCCUGUCCAUAAAAUGGGAACCAGUGCCAAAUACUGAUACCUGGAGUCAACCUUGCAAACUAUUCUGUUAGCCUAGGAGGUAUACCUAUGUUGACAAAGACUCAAGACAUUGCCCUGCUGUGGCAACAUGCGACAAGUGUGUCAAAUAGUCCACCAUCUUCCUGUCCAAGUUUACAGACAAAGGUUUUCCCAUUCAAUAUGACCAUAAAUUGAGGGGAAAACCUUUAAAGCUGCAAUACGUCACUUUUUGGGCGACCCAACCAAAUCCACAAAGAAAUUUGAGUUAUAGAUCUGGCAUCCUCAUUGAAAGAAAGUCUAAGAAGCGGUUGAGCUGUUCUAUGUGCACUAUUUCUUUGCUUCCCGUGCUUAUUUUUGCAUCUUUUACUUUUGCGUUUGUACACCAGCUUCAAACAGCUGAAAAUACAGUAUUUUUGGUUAUGUAAAAUAUAUUUC